AUUUCGCUUUCAUUCGUGAUAAAAUCAAGAAACUGUAUCGAGUUUGACUUCCCUUCUAUUUUUCAACAACCCGAUGGAGUGGGUAAGGCAGUGCUCAGUUUGGCCGCAGCGAUGCGCGCGCGAGCCGUAACCGUCGCAUUCGCGCUGUGUUUUUGUAUUACAAACGCGCUUCAACAAUCUAGUUUAUUAUCAGACCACAGACUAUCGAAACUGUUAGCAUGCAGUCAGGCAUUGGGACCUAUGAAAUGUUUGACAGCGUUCAGUGCGUGGCGAGCGCGAAGAGCUGUCGAUUUGAUUGCAAACCGUCAAAGAACGUUCGAAGUAAACGAAGACCUAGUCCAGUUUCCUUGGGAAAAAUACGCCAAUCAAACAGAGGAACAAGUGUACAGCGAUCUAUGCGAUGGAACAGAAAGUUUGCUGAGGUAUAAACAACUUGCUCUUGAUGUUAACGAUGGCUACACUCUGCGGUUGGGAAGUAAAGGCAACGGAACCCUGAACGUCGAUGUUAUAAAAAGCGACACAGACACCGGCCGGGGUUACAUGAAGAAGAUGAAAAAAAAGUUUUUAAGCAUUAUACCUUUAUUAUUAGUUCCUGGUCUCAUCAUGUCUGCGAUCUUGCCAUUUGUCUUGCCAGCUUUAAAAAUGAUGGUCAUAGCCGUCGGUAUACUAAACAAUAUGGCACUGUCGGGUGCUGUAUUCACAUUAUUAAGAAAUAAUGCAUUCAACGAAGCUAAUCAACAUAGGAUUAUUUAUGUCAACGAGGGUUACCAUAACGAGAAACAUUACCCUAUACCGACUGAUUUACAUCAUUACCCGCCCUCCGAUCAUAUCAUUGGUGAUCUAGCGCCACCUGGUGGUGAAAAUAUUUUGUUAACUGAUAACAAUGGAAUAAAAGAUGCAAACUUGCCUUGGAUUGAUAACGGAGAUAUCAGUCACGUUUACUACACGGACACAAAAAUAAAACGAAAAGGUCACAUCGCCAAAGAGACUGUAUCUUAAUGUGUAUUUAGUGUAAGACUAACUUAUUACUAUUUAUUUUAAUAUACGUUAAUAAUAAAAAUAAAAUGUUUUCAAUUUUUAAUAACCUAUAAAAUAAUAAUAUCGUCGGUGGUAACCUUAGAAAUCAUACUAAUAAGAAUGCUUAGUUGGAUGGAUGGAUGAAUGGAUGGAUGGAUGUUUGAAGAUAUGUUCAUGAAAUCUGGCAUACAUAUAGAACAUAGCAUAACGAUUUUUAAUUCCGCGUGGACGGAGUCGCGAGUGAUAGCUAGUGCUAACAUAUUGAAGAAGCACUUCCAUAGGAAUUUCUUUUGUUAUCUGUAAUUACAGUGGUUUAAAUUUAAAUAGAAGGCUGGUAAAGGGAUUUUAUAAUGGAAACAAAAAACGAGCAUUUUCCUCAGCAUUUAAUAAAUAAAGAAUUACAACAAUGGACUUAGAAAUAAUUUGUUUUCAAUUAGAUACUUAAGCUAACAGUCACCAUAUUACGUGGCAAUAUAAUCACCUAAAUCUAUCUCAAGCUUAGCAUUGUGUUUCAUAUCAUACUGUUUAUCAGCACCAUAAAACGAUCGGUUACAAUUACAAACUUUCCUUAAAACCUUUUCAACCUUAAGUGAUAAAGACAUAAAUAAAAACCGCAACACUACAAUAAAUAUAUAAUAGUUAUAUUACUAUAAAUUAUAUUGUUAAAGAUCAAAACAAAAACGAGCAACCGGGUUGUUCGUUUGUAAUCUUAUUUAAAAUGCAUAUCAAUCUUAGACAGUAGACUGCUGUUACAUUUUGGUUUUGCCAUUUGUGCAUAUCUUUUAGAUGUCAUUCACCAAAACGUUAAUUAAGCAUUUAUGUUCCAUUAAACUUCUCUUAAAUUCAUUGCAUUUCUAUGGAAGUUCUACAAAGUAUUAUU